GUGCGCUAUUUCGUCAUGACAGACCACGCAGGGCUCAAGAACUACAUCCGUGCCAACCACAGCAAGGAUCACGUGUUGCUUAGUGAUAUGGCUCCCGUGCACAUCAAUGGAAAGGAGUACCGGAAGUAUCACACGGCAGACGACAAGGACGAUACAGAGCAGCGCCUAGCUGUAAUGCAGACGUAUGCGGAGUGGUACGCAUAUUCCCUGUCCAAUCUGUUCAUCCUUUCCCCAAAACCAUCUGGUUUCAGCCGUUUGUCUAUCAUGCGUGCAUUGGCUUCAAGGCAUCCGCGCUUUCCCGAAUACGGAGUGGUCCAUGCCAAGGCUUGUUCCACCAUGGGCCAUAAUUCUUGCAAGGCGCUUGGUCAAGAGGGAGCCAAAGUGCUGUGA